GGGGUGGUGGGGAGACGAGGGCCUGAGCACCUUCCCUAACACUAUCCUCUCCGCCCUCUCCCACCUGGCCCCGGGCAUCUCCCCUAUCCUCCUUCCGGCCCCUUCCCUGCUUCUCUCGCAGUUCAGUAGGCCUCGAAGUUUCUGCCUCGCACCCAUCCUAUGAGACAGCUCUCGCCAACCUGUUCCCCUCAGCCUCGGGCUCAGCCCGUCCUGCCUGCCGCCUCGCAGAAUCAUCCCUCCACUCUCUGCAGCUGCGAGGUGUGGGUAGAGGCCCAGAUUAAUGUGGUCUCUGUCCUGCCCUGGGGACCUGUGUCCGGAACGUUUUGCUCCCAGGCCUGCCCUAGGGAACCCAGAUGAAGUCAAUCUGGCUCCUUCAGACAAGGAAAUCGGGUUUUGCAUUUUGAUAGCUGUUGCUGACUUGAACCUCCAAAGAUUAAACAACAAAACUAGCAUGUUUUUCUCUAUAUCCUUUGAAAAGCCAGUAUAGGGCUUUAUUCUCUAGCAAAUUAAUUGUAAAAAUCAAAGUUCCAUUUCUGUAAUUUUAUUUUUUUAAAACAUGGUCAAGUGUAAGCAUUCUACAUGAUUUUGCGUGACGGAUUCUUUUUUUUUUUUUUUUUUGAGCCGGAGUUUCACUCUUGUUACCCAGGCAGGAGUGCAAUGGUGCGAUCUCGGCUCACCGCAACCUCCGCCUCCUGGGUUCAGGCAAUUCUCCUGCCUCAGCCUCCCGAGUAGCUGGGAUUACAGGCACGCACCACCAUGCCCAGCUAAUUUUUUAUAUUUUUAGUAGAGACGGGGUUUCACCAUGUUGACCAGGAUGGUCUCGAUCUCUUGACCUUGUGAUCCACCCGCCUUGGCCUCCCAAAGUGCUGGGAUUACAGGCUUGAGCCACCACACCCGGCCCUGCGUGGCGGAUUCUGUGGCUUGCUUGUGGUUGCCCUCCAGCACAACUGCUGAUGAGUACCUGUGUGGGCUAGCAAGUGCUGUCUGUAUCUGACAUGUGAUUAGCUCUGGUCUGCCACAUGUUGGAGACAGCCCCCUCUAUUUUAUGGUUUGCCUUUUGAUUUUGAAUAUGGUAAUUUUGUGUCGUUUUUUUAAACCAGACAUUCAAUUUUAAAAUAGCCAGUUUUAUCUGCCUAUAUUUUCUGGUCUUAGUCUCAUGCACAAAAGGACUUUUCCAUCAUACUACUUAAGUUUUUGAGAAACUGACUAAGCAUUUGUACAAGUUAACUCUUGCAGGGGGUCCAAUCUUUUGGCUUCCACGGGACAUAUUGGAAGAAGAAUUGUUUUGGGUCACACAUAAAAUACACUGACACUAAAGAUAGCUGAUGAACUUAAAAAAAUCAUAAAUAUGUUAUUUUUAAGAGUCCUGUAAUGUUUUAAGAUUGUGUUGGGCCACAUUCGGAGCCAUCCUGGGCCGCAGAUUGGACAAGCUUGCUCUAGAGGAUGUUCUGAACUUGCAAGGGUAUGCGUAUCACAGGCCAGAAGUACAUACAAUUUGGUGUGCUCUGCUGGAACUGAACUUAUUUUCCAUCUGGAGCCCACCUUUGGGCAGUUGGGGAAGAGGGAUUUCCUCUUCAGCUUGGUACCUUUGGGCCCUUGAGACUUUCUCAGUGCAUUCCGGUUUCCUCCUGCCCCCUUUUCCAGGGGUUGCUCCUGCAGUCUGGGGCCAGGGUGUCUUUGCCUCCAGUUUCUGAGUGGGCAGUUUGGUCAGUGGUCCACAUCUGUCCUGCAGGCAUCUCAGCGGGACCUCCUCCCACUCCUCAGCUUCUGUCCCUGCAGCCAUCUAUGAAACACUAAGCUCCUUUCUUGUCACUGGCUGUCAUUGUGUGUCCUUCAGCUCCCUCAAGAGGACCCUCCCUGGGGCUGCUGGCUUCUCCUCCACCCCAGGUCCCCUGCCCAUUCGGGAGGAAAUGAAUGCUGCUUCAGCCACAUAUGCCCUCUGCCCUGACCCUGCCUAAACUUCCAUUUCAGAGCAUCAGGCCACACCUGAGCACCUCUCAUGGUCCAGGACCCCAGCCAGCAUAAAGAGCGCCUGGUGCUCUCUUCCCUUAAACCUGUCCUCUGGCCCAUGUGGCAGAGAGGAGGGGGAGCAUCACUGUCAGAUCUCCAGUUUCCCCUGUGACUGCGUUCUGCCUGGGUAGAGGAGAGGAGAUACACCAGACCCACUGCACUCUCACAGACGUAACUAUCAGGGAGUGGUUCUUUAGCCCACCCCAGUUGCUCAAGCCAGAAACUUGAGCGUCUACCUGGUACCGUCCUCUCCUCCUUACAUCCAUUUUUCUUCCUUUCCCGGGCCAGGUUUCUUCCAUCUGUGGUCCACCCUCUAAUCUAGAAAGGCUCCUGAAACACGAAGCUGAUAGAGCAGCUUCUCAAAGGCUCCCUGCCAUGCUUGCCCUGAGGGUCCUGGCAGGCGCUCCGGGGCACCUUCAUGAUCUGACUGGUGUCCCUGCCCCGGGGAAGUCCCUCCCUGCUCUCACUUGUACCCUGAAAGGUUUCCCAGUGUCCUCAUCUGCUCAGCUUCUGACUCCAAUGGGCAGCCUCCCUCUAGGCUCUGCCAAAAGGACUCUGGAGACACCUGGCUGGUUCCUUUCUCAUAAAAGUGUACGCAGCUGGAGGUUGUUCACCCGACUGGAGGUUGUGGGUGUUGACAGUCAGCUGUGCCUCAGUCUCCUCCAUUCCAUGCUGCUCCUGACCCCAGCCCUCAGGACCCCGGGGUUCCUGUCUGCAUCAGCCUCUGCUCCUUGAUGCUGGGGCUGGAUGUGUCCUCUCCUGGCCAUGGGACCCCUCUACCAUCUAUGCCACAUCCUUGUCACCUAAGGCAGUCAAAGCAUGUACUGAGCACUAGUUCCUAUUUCAGAAACAGCUCCAAAUUUCAAUGCGAUUCCUCUGGAGAACUUUGCUUUGGGGAAAAACACCUGGUGCUACCUGGUGUGCCCUCUCCUUGACGCUGGGUCCUUGAUCAUCUCUUCAAUUCCUUUCUAUCAUGUCCUCACUGUGUCAGGUGUGGGCACUGAAUACACCAUUCAGAACAUUCUGGAACACUCCAAAAACUGGCAGUCAGGCCUUGUGUUCAGACACUGCAUCCUUUGAAGGAAACGUUUUGGGAGGUCUUACUUUGUGGGGUGAGCAUCUGUCAGGGAUGAAAUGCUCCAGGACGACCUCUCUCUGGCCCUUCAGCAGCCCCUAUGCUGGUGUGGCCUGCUGUGGAUUUCUGGCUUUGCUGUUCCUUCAUCAGUCAGCCUGGGGGCUUUGCUGAAUCUUAACUCUCCCUCCAGCAGGUCUCCAGUAGGGUUGGCUAUCCGUACUCUCCAGUCUUUGGUAUCUGACUUGCCUAGAGGGAGGCAUGAGGAACUGAAUUCAGAACUUGUUCGGAUGUCCCUAGAAAAUGCCUCACAAGGCUGCUGUGCACCCCUUCCACUUCAGAGGCCACUCAUUCCUACCCAGGAUGCCCUUCUCCUCAUCCUCCCUCCAAGAUGCCUUGACCUUGGCUCUUCUAUUACCUCACCCCUAGUUGUUCCCCUCCUCCCAGCCCUCCUGAGCAACCUGGUCUCACUGCCCUCUGACUGGCUAUCUGCCCACUCCACAGAUACUAGGAGUCCCCUGAGGUACGUGUGGCCUCAGCUUGCAGAGGAGCACGCUCGCCGAACACUUCGGAGCUUUGAAGUGCACAGGCCAUCUAAGAUGAGCACAGGUGCAUCAGAGAAACAAGCAGAACAGAAGGUCUGCCGUGCCUUCCAGGCCUCCGAAGAAGCCCCUGGGACUCUGGCAGCCAUGGCCCCCUGGGUGGCCGUGGGCUCUGCCUAUGGCUCCUGCACCUGCCUGGGAGCCCAGCCUGUAACUGACCUGGCCCUCUGGCCUGUCAUGGGGACUUCUGUCAUCUACUCCUGGAUGGGAUGUUUUCCACAAGCUUACCCAGCCUUCUGGGCUUACCCGUGCGUGCCGUAUGGCGGGUAUCUCUGGAUGGGAUAUCCCCCUCCAGUUGCCUUGGUGCCUUCAGUGUGGCCAUAUUGGAGGGGCACCUCCAGCUUUGACCCCCUUGUGAGAAGUCUGUACCUGGAUGCCUUGGCCCCCAACCUAUUUCCUAUCCCCAUGGGAUUCCCGCCCAGCUACUCCUUGGCCUCUCCCACUCUGGGCGGGGCCAUCUCCAGCCACUGUCCCCAGGUGGGAUGCCAGACUCCAGCCAGCUCAGCCCCCAUGGCUGCAGUUGGGGAGCUAUCCAGAGGAGCUUCCUACUUGAAGAGAUGCCAAGCCUCUCCCUCAGAAUGGGCCUCCAGGUUCAGUAUUUGGGCACCUUUGCCCCACUGCAGCUCAGAGCUCCGUCCUCUGCCCCCUUCCCCCAUUGAAGAUUCUCAGUCAGACCCCGGCUGCCCCCGCUCCUCCUCCCACAGGUCACCCUGCAGGGCCCGCCGCCGCCUCUUUGAGUGCUGAUCAACCCUCCAGACCCACCUCAUAAUCAGAGACAAGUCUGGUGUGGACUUUUAGUUUUUGAAAGAGUCUCAGAAGUGAGUCGUUUGCUAUUCUUCAGUACAGAGCACACCUCCUGGACUCAUGCAAGGCUCCUAUAUUUGGUAUUUCUCUUCACUUUCUUGUUUUUCUGUUUGCCCUUCAACCCUGAUACUGGCACCUUUUCUCCUUCCUAGACUGUCCUGGGCCAGCCCUCUAGUAGGUUUGCUAUAAGUCCUCAAAUAUGCAUGCAUGCAACCUUGUAAAAUGAGCAUAUUUAAGCUCAACCCACUGUGCAGAAGUGCUCAGUUAGAAUAAGCCUGCAGGUUCAGUAUUUGGGCACUGGCACCACCCUCCAGCCCAGGACUCUCUCUGUCCCCUCCUCAGCAAAGGCCCUCAGCAGGACCCCCGCAUCCCUGGCCACACUUCGGGGCCUGCCACUGUCUCUUCCAGCAUUGGUCUGUCCUCCAGGGAGCCACACACUUAGGUACCUUAGAACCGGUGGAAUCCAAUGAGCACUUGCUGUAGGCUCUGCGUAGAGGCUUCCAAAACCUGUUUGUUCCAGUAUACACGGAGUGGGAAAUGCUGACUUGUUCAGAGUGCUGGUGCCCUUGGGUCCUUGUGGGUGUGCUCUUUUCACUCCUCACCCCCUCAGCACCCUCUGGGGAAAUGCAUACACCAGUAAGAUGUACAGCAUAUGCUUUUAAAAAAUUCAAAUAAAUGAUACUGUGCUAUAAAUCAUGUUUUCUACAAUUUUUCAUUCAUUAGUUUAAGACCUAGCCAUAUCUGCAUGUAUGUGUAGUGUAUUUGGAGUUUGUUUUCAAAUUUAUUAGCAUGUUUUUCAUACCGUUAUUUCUUACUAUUGUUAUGGGCUGUAUUCCAUUUUUCUUUACAAUUUUAUUGUGUUUGAGGUUUACAACGUGAUGUUAUGGGAUACGUAUGAUAGUAAAAUGUUUACCAUAGUGAAGCAGACUAACAUCUGGCAUCUCACAGUUACAUUUUUUGGUGACAAGAGGAGCUAAAAUACACUUAUUUGACAAAAACCCCUAGUACAAUGCCCUUUCAUUAACUUUAUUCCUCACGCUGUACUUCAGAGCUGUAGGUUUGCUCAGCCAACAUAUACUUUGUAUCCUUGACUUACAUACCCCAGUUCCCCCACUCCCAGCUCAUGGGAACCACUGCUCCAUUCUCUAUCUCUGUAUUUAUGCUCUUUGUUCUCUUUUAAUAUUUCACAUAUAAGGGAAACUGUGCAAUAUUUGCUUUCUGUGUCUGACUUAUUUCAGCAUGCCCCGUGCAUGUUAUGGCAAAUGGCACAGUCUCCUUUUUAAAGGCUAAAUAAUAUUCUAUAUCCAUUAUAUAUAUGGCUAUGAUCAUAUUUAUCCAUUCAUCCAUUGAUAGGCAUUUGGGUUGUUUCCAUAUCUCGGCUAUGGUAAAUAAUUCUGCAGUGAACAUGAGAGUCCGGGUAUCUUUAUGAAGUGGUAAUUUCAUCUUUUUUGGGUACAUUUCCAGAAGCAGCAUUGCUGGAUCAUGUAGUACUAUUUUUAUUUUCUUCAGGGACUUCUAUAUUGUUUUCUAUAAUGGCUGUACUCCUACUUUUCUUUUCAAAUAUUGUAUAUAUUAAAAUUUUCCCAUGGAUUUUUCUGUUUUAUUAGUAUCUAUUUUUGACUCAUUGAUUCUGUGUCUUGAAGUAUCUUCUUCUUAUUGUGAGCUUAUUAUUUCUUUUGUAACUUAAAGUUGAUGAUAGCCAGUUCAUCUUUAGGCUCGAUUCUUUUCUAUUACAAAUGUUUAAGGCUAUAAAAUUCCCUCUAAAUAUACCACUCUAAAAUAUAUCCUGCAGUUAUAUGAUAUUCUUAUUUGUAUAUCUUUUUAAGCAAUCACUGUUAAGGAAAAUCAAGUAAAUUUUAUUAAAGGCUGACAAACCAAAAUUGUUUGUAGUUUAGAAUGCCUCAUAUAGAAUUUAUAUAAUAGUCCAGUUACUAUUCUAGUUAUUGCUGUUAGAAUGGACUAAUGAGAAUUAAUGUUUAUAUGAUAUUGACAGAGAAUUAGUAUGGAAGUUAUGUACUUAUAAUAUUAAUAUACCAAUAAUAUGUGCGCUACCCAAGGAACUAUAGCUUCAUCCGGAAGCACUUUGAACAAAACCUGAAUCUCUUGAUAGCAAUGCUUGUAUAUCUAUUGCAGCUCUUAUGCUGACGGUGAUAGAGAAAUCAUCAAAAAUACA